AUGUCCAGUAAAGAUAAUCAGGAUGUGGAGCUCACAGACUUUCUUCUGGGUGAUGACUCUGUUUCUCAAUCCCUUCAAUCAGAGAAAGAAUCUAACGUUAAAAAGACAAUAACUUUCAAAGAUCAACCAUUGUUCAUCAAUUCAAAAGAUUGGAGAGAUUCAUUCAUGCUAAAGGCACAAAUCCUAACAUGCUUCUUCUGUAUGAUCACCGUUGGAUUGAAUGAUCAAACAGUUGGAAGUUUGAUUCCUACAUUGACCAAGCAAUAUAGCGUUAAUCAAACUUCGAUAUCAACUGUCUUUGCAUUACAAUUCUUGGGAUAUGCAACAAGUGCUCUCAGUAAUGAAAUCCUUCACUCAAAUCUUGGUCGUUGUGGUGUGAUGACUUUGGCCAAUUGCUUUCUAUUGAUAACUUAUGUCGUGAAUGCUUUCAAACCACCAAUAUUCAUAUUCAUUGCUGUGUAUUAUUUCACAGGGUUAGGUGUUGGGUUGUUGGAUAGUUGUAUGAAUGUCUGGUUAAGCUCUUUGGUGGAUCAUAAUGAACUAAUGGGAUUAUUACAUGGGUUUUAUGGUAUAGGAAGUGUGAUCUCGCCUCCUUUGAUUAGUCACAUCUUGAAAUGGUUUAAUGAUGAUUUUAAGAUCUUUUACAUCUUUUUAGCUAUAUUGGCUAUAACUGGUGGACUAUUGAGCCAAUUUUUUUUCAAAAGUGAAAGCAAGUUGAAAUAUGAAUAUGAAAGAGCUUGUGCUCAUGAUGAUGAAGAAGGUGGACAGGAGGUGACUUUAAAAACUGUGUUGCGCAAUAGAACAGUCAUGUCGUUUUCCGCUUAUCUUUUCCUUUAUAUUGGAGCUGAAGUUUCAAUAGGGUCUUGGUUAUUAAGUUACUUGAUGAAAGUUAAAGGCCUUGAUCAAAUCAGUGCAAGUUAUAUUGUUUCAUGGUUUUGGAUUGGGUUGACAGUGGGUCGUAUCCUGUUGGGAUUUGUCACAAAGUUUUUCAAAAAUGAAUAUAGAGCAAACUUGACAUAUUCUGCUUUAUCAUUGUUUGUCUAUCUGAUUUAUACUGUCUUUACACUAUCAACUACAAAUAAGACUGCUCAUUUCAAAUUAUUGACAAAUUUGAUUAUGUUCAUUGAUGGAAUUUUUAUUGGUCCAUUAUUUCCAACAUCCAGUGUCACAUUGAUGAAAAUCCUACCUCCAAAUCUACAUGUUAGUGCAGUGGGUAUCAUGAGUAGUCUUGGAGGUUCAGGUGCUGCUAUCCUACCAUUUUUAGUUGGCUCCAUCACACAUGUCACCAAAUUGGAUUACUUGCCUCUAUUCAUCACAGCAAUGUUGACGGGAUAUGUGGUCAUUUGGGUGCUAAUGCCUAAGCUUUGCAAAGUAGACUAUAGCUUUUAA